AUUUAAAAGCCCGCAUUUUAUAUGGUCUCUGCGGGAGAAGGCGAGUCCUAUAGUAGCUUCAGAAUGGGCAGUCUUCCCACAGAUGCAUCUGGACCACAGCAGCAUCGGGUCAGGGAGAAGUGUCCCUAACUACCGCGCACGGAGGCAGCCUUUCCUUUUAGUCUCUAGUCUGCUUUAGUCACGGCGACAUAGUUAAAUAGUGCUUUAUCUCACGUUUGAGCUGAAUGUUUGGAGCCGCGCGAUGCGCUCAUUGCGCGCAGUGACGUAGAGAGAAGCGUCUUUCACUUGGCACCUGCUAUUGCGGCGCGUCAGAUACAAAGUUUUGUCUAAAUGGUGCGUUGGUUUUAGCAUGACACAGACAUUAUGUCCGUCUGCCAUGGGAGGAAUGUCCUCAUCUGUUCUCCCCUGGCGGCUCUAAAGUCUAUUUACCGUUGUGCGUAAUUUUACUGAAACUUUACGCACGGACGCCAAACCUCGCCAAACGCUCCGUCGCUCUUCCCUCCUCUCCGGCUCAUGCACGAUGACUUGUGCGCUGUAGUUUCGGUGGAGAGCACUGGCUUGGUGGGUUUUUUUUGUUUUUUUGUCUUUGGGGAUUGCCGUCCGCAUCCGAGCGCACCGAACACCAGAACCCGUAGGGGGCAAUAAGAGGCAGAGUGGGCUUCGUACGCACAGCGGACAAGAUGAAUAUCCAGGUUAUGCCGGAACACAAGCUCUCGUCGGUGGUGCCGCUCAAACAGUGCAAUGUGGAGAAAAAGGAGGUGGAACUGAUACUGGUGAAGGAUCAGAAUGGCGUCCAGUACACCAGUUCCUCCAUCAUCCCGACCCCCGGCCGCCGCGCAGGUCCCCCCGGAUCCGGAUCCGAGGACGAACGGGAAACUUGGGGCAAGAAAAUAGACUUUCUUCUGUCGGUCAUUGGCUUCGCGGUGGACCUGGCCAACGUGUGGAGAUUUCCGUACUUGUGCUACAAAAAUGGAGGAGGUGCCUUCUUGAUCCCAUACCUGCUCUUCUUGGCCAUCGCUGGGAUGCCGCUGUUCUACAUGGAACUUGCCUUGGGCCAGUACAACAGGGAAGGGGCAGCUACAGUCUGGAAAAUAUGCCCCCUGUUUAAAGGUGUGGGCUACACUGUGAUCCUCAUAGCCUUGUACGUUGGCUUCUACUACAACGUCAUCAUCGCCUGGUCCCUCCACUACCUGUUCUCCUCCAUGACCAGCGAGCUGCCGUGGCUCAACUGCGGCAACAGCUGGAACAGCGAGAACUGCACGGACCCCAGGGACCCCAACAAGUCCAUCCCCAUCAACGGAUCCUACACCAAGUACAAGACCACGCCAGCCGCAGAGUACUAUGAACGGGGAGUACUGCAUCUCCACGAGAGUAAAGGCAUCCAGGAUCUUGGCCUUCCCCGCUGGGAGCUAACCUUAUGCCUGGUUGCGGUGGUCUUCAUCCUCUACUUCAGCCUGUGGAAAGGCGUCAAGUCCUCAGGGAAGGUGGUUUACAUCACUGCCACGAUGCCCUAUGUGGUCCUCUUUGUGCUGCUGAUCAGAGGGAUAACUCUACCGGGGUCCAUGGAUGGUAUAAGGGCCUACCUCCACAUCGACUUUAAACGGCUCCGAAAUCUGGAGGUGUGGAUCGAUGCUGCCACCCAGAUUUUCUACUCGCUAGGAGCAGGAUUUGGGGUCCUCAUUGCCUUCUCCAGCUAUAACAAAUUUGAAAACAACUGCUACAGGGAUGCGAUCCUGACCAGCACUGUGAACUGCAUCACCAGUUUCUUCUCAGGCUUUGCCAUCUUCUCCGUGCUGGGAUACAUGGCUUCCAAGCAAGGCGUGAAAAUAGAAGAUGUGGCAACAGAAGGGGCGGGAUUGGUGUUCAUAAUCUACCCGGAGGCCAUUUCCACGCUGCCUGGCUCAACGUUUUGGGCCAUAGUGUUCUUCAUCAUGUUGCUGACUCUGGGCAUCGACAGCUCGAUGGGCGGCAUGGAGGCCGUGAUCACCGGCCUGACGGAUGACUUCAAAAUCCUCAAGAGAAACAGGAAGAUUUUCACCUUCGUCACAGCCUUUGGAACCUUCCUGGUUGCGCUGCUCUGUGUCACUAAUGGCGGCAUCUACGUGCUGACGUUGUUGGAUAAGUAUGCAGCUGGGACCUCGAUCCUGUUCGGCGUGCUGAUUGAGGCCAUCGGAGUUUCGUGGUUUUACGGUGUGGACCGCUUCAGUGAAGACAUUGAGCGAAUGAUGGGCUUCAAGCCAGGACUCUACUGGAGGCUGUGCUGGAAAUAUGUCAGCCCAGCGUUUCUGCUGUUUGUUGUUAUAGCCAGUACUGUGAAGUCAUCAGAACUAAAGUAUGAUGACUACAGCUUCCCGUACUGGUCCAAUGUAGUUGGCUGGGGCGUGGCCAUGUCUUCCAUGCUGUUUGUGCCCUCAUAUGCCUUGUAUAAGAUUCUAAGUGUGCCAGGAACGUUCAAAGAGAGGUUAGCGUAUGGGAUCACUCCAGAGCACGAGCAUCAUAUGGUGGCUGAAGGAAAUGUACGGCAGUUCAAACUCAGACACUGGUUGGCCAUCUAAAGAACAACAGCCAGACUCCCCCAUGGACUGUUUGGAGCUCCUGCGUGCCACCGUGCUCAGACCAACACGGAGAACAGGCUUCAACCUCUCCCAGCGGCUCCUUCGCCCGUGCACUCUCCACCCAAGGCCUUUGUGGUCAACAUUCGCUUCCAGCACUUUGAUUUCAGAGUCCUGCAUAUGAAUAUUUUGAAACCAUCGCAGAGCAUUUCUGCUCCUAAAUGAGAGGCAUGCCACAGGGCAAAUGUAUGUGCUCACAGAAAUUAUUUUAUUUAAUUAUGAUGACUUUUGUUAUGAUUUUUUAUCAUAUGGGACGAGACUGUUAUCUUCUGAAAGGGAACUCAAGCUAAGAUAGAAGCCAAAACAAACCCAUGUCCCUAUAUAUCAAUACACGGGAUCAAAUUUCCUCAUAGGCCUGUGAUUAUUAUCAGUUUUCUUACUGUCACCUGUUGCCACUCCCCUCGGUCGAGUGGCCCAUCUGUGUCAGUGCCUUAUCAAGCAAGACACUCCAUGUUUGUCAUACUUUGAAUAGGAAGAUAUAAAAGAAACUGUGUUGACUCAGGAACCCACUAAAUAUAACCACAGUUUGUGGAUGGCAAUCUCUUUUGAACCAGUUCCUUGAUAUUCAAGUCAAAGAGCUGGAGGUCAACAGUGUGUCAGGGCCUGUUAGAAUGGGUCUGCGUUACAGAAAAGGGAACAAUGUGCGAUCUGGAAAGAUUAAAACAGACGAGGCGGCCUUCGUUCACCUCCUCAGCUUUGAAAGGGCUGAGCCUGGGAAAUCAGCAACAAAUGAUAUAUACGUGGCUGUUCCAGUUUUGUAUUACUGUCCGGUUGUGUGAGUUGCUUUCCGAGUUUUCGUCUGUUCAGUGCUUCUAAGGAAUCUUUGUGGCUUUUCCUCCAAACAGACGCAGAAGGAGCGUGUGUGAGUGUGCGUUGGGCUUUUGUUGCUGAGUGCUGUUUGUGUACAGUAACAGUGACUCUUUUCCCUUUGACCUUGAAUCACCAUCACGACAUCCUGUGAUGCCCUUUGUUCAUCACUGCAGAGAAAUGUUUUGGUUCUAAAAUUAAUUUUCUGCUUUAUUUAUUGGACUGGUGUUGAAGUUGACUUUUAACCUUGAAUCAUCGCAAGACACAUAACGAAGAGGAGUAAAGCCAAAAAGAAAAAAAUCUAACAUGUGUAAUAUAUCAGAUUAGAAAUAUAUAUGAAAAUAUAUUCUUUUGUUAUAUCUAAUCUUGUAUUUAUCAAAUUGUUUAUAUCAAAACGUGAAUGUAAAUUAUUUUAAACGUAACUGUCCACAGUCAUAACACGAUGUUUGAUGUAGAGUUAAGAUAAACUGUUUCAAAAAAAGUAUUCAUUGUAGCCGUGGGUCACUAACGCACCCUGGCUUUCCUGGACUAUGUUUACAUAAAUACGAUGUACAUUACCAGUGUCCUGUUGAACGUCAGUGACAAAUACAAUAGCUAUGAAGAAGACUGAGUAUUCACACUAUAAUAAUAAAGAAUUUCUUCUACACACAA